AUGACUGCAGAUAACGAAAAUCUUCAAGGAGUUGCUGAUCAGGCUCUUCUUCUUUUGACACAAAUGAAGAGAAAUCCGGACGUAAUGCCACCCUACAACGAGGAGGCAAUGAGGGCAUGCAUUGCUAAAAUGAACGAGCUGUACAGUCAAAAUAAUGAAUGUGUAGUGAAGAAAAUCUCAGAAGAAAGCUCAGCUCAUUUGAUUUUCCAGAAAUCGUUCUAUUUAAGUUUCGAAGCUGCCUUUUUUCAGAGGUGUUGCUUAGCAUACAUACACGCUCGUGCUGAAAGGAUAAGGUCAUACCGCUGGCGGCUUGGAGGGGUACUACCAGCAUCAGUGAAGAAUAACCUUUGCGAAGCAGAAAUCGAAUUCUUUAAUGAAUACUGCAGCAGUCUGGCUGAAUUUCAAGCCGGUAUAGGGGAAAACGGUGUGAACCUUCUGCUGAGUACUCAUCCACCAAAGGCCCUUUAUGUUCAGGUACGAGUAUUGGAGAAUUAUGGUGAAUUCGAGACUUCUGAUGGGAACCUGGUUAUGCUUCAGGUCAAUUCAACGCAUUCUUUACCAAGGCAUGAUUGUGAGAUGCUCAUCAGGCAAGGAAUCCUAGAGAUCGCCAAUUAA